AUGAAUUCGUUGCUAACAUGCCAUUACGAGAAUUGUGGGAGCCGAUUUCAGACUCAUUUCGAUCAAAUUGCACAUUUCGAGACAAAUCACUAUGGUAAGGCCUUUUUUCUGAUUCACAUAGAGCUCACGUUGAUUGAUAUUAUGUUUACUAUGAUUUUUUCUUAUUUUAGCCGAUGCUCAAUCCAAAAUUUUGGCAGAACUUAAUGCUCUCCAAUCUGAACUUGACCUCUGUAAAGAUGAUGAAGAAAAGGCGCAGGUUAACGAAAGAUUUAAUGCAUUUUAUAGCCAAGCCAUUCAAAUGAGCUUGUUAAAGAAGUAAGCGUUUUAUUUAUUAUUGUUUUCUGUUUUUAGGCAAGGAUUUGAUGUUAUUCAUGAGGAUUGGAGGUGGCUUGAGAGAAAUUAGAUUUUUCCCUAAACUUUUAAAAGUUUGGAGAGAAAAAUAGAUAAAAUUAACUUUAGUAACGCACUGGCUUUUUAUUUUCCACAUGCUAGAUGUUUCCCUGUUGAAAAUUCAAAGGCGUCACGUAAUUUUCUUCAGCAAAGCCAGCUUUGAUGGUGAAUAUGACAGAAACCAAAGGUUAUUUGUCGUGGAGGCGGAAAUGGCUAAGCUCUUUAUGUCGAAAACACUGCCAUAGUCUUUGUUUGGUUUGACGAAUGCCUUUAUCAGCUGUUUUCGUCUUGUUAUUACCUAAACUCCAGCCGUCAUGUGCAAUAUUUUUAGUUCUGCAAUUUUAUCACAACUUCUAUCUAUAAACUGUUUAGAUUACGUCCAUUCGAAGACAACUACAUUCCUCGACGAGAGUUGGAAAAGAAACCGCUGACUUUGAACUUUUGCAAUUAUAAAAAACGACCGCCGAGUGCGGCACCGACUCCCUCCGGAUCUCAGAAACGACAAUCAGUGCCGAGUAAGCGACUUGGUGAGCCGGGUAGUGAGCCAGCAAAGGCUGAGGGUGCUAGGUGAGUGAAGAAUUUAAAAAAAUUCUUGGAAUUUUUUGUCAUGGAUAAUAUAAUAUUUUAGUGAUGAACGGAAAUAUCGGUGCACUAUGGAAGGUUGCAAUCGCGCGUAUAAAAAUACAAAUGGCCUGAGGUUUGUUUUUCCUUCGAUUUUUGUUUUGGUUUUUAGGUUGAAAAUUGGAUUUAUCAAAAAAAUUCGAUGUUUACACGGAUUUUUGAGAAUUGUCGAAUUUUUUUCUGAUUUGAUUCCAAAUAUGUUCCAGAAAUCACAUUAAGACAACACACGGGGUCACAACGCUUCAAGUGAACAUCCCAACAGGGUCUCCAAGACCCGCUUCAUCCGAAAUUAUCCAAGGAUCGGCGCCAGUGGCGGCUCAAAAAUUCGUUCAGCCCGUUGAGACCCCAACGGUGAAGCAGGACGAUGUAAAAGCGCAGCCUCAGUUCCGCGGAGGCUCAAGGAUGACCCCGAAUGAGGAGAUUAUUCUGAGUCGGGUGCAGAUGAGCACUAUGAACGAUGGCCAAGCACCUAUGGAACCGUUGCCGCCGACCCCAAAGAAGUCGGAGAAGAAGGUCGAAAAGAACUACGCAUGUGAUAGCUGUCCCAAAACUUACAAAACCGCCGCCAAUUUGCGGAAACACAUGGCCGAUCAACAUGGGAAGGCACCGCAGUCACCGGCCAUUGGUAGGUAUCAUGGGUAAUAUAAAAAGUGAUCGAUGGAGUGGAUUUUUUUCGGCUAAAGUUUGUAAAAUACGAUUCUGGUAUAUCAGGCUGUUUUUUGAGCAACUGGGACGAUUGAGGAGAAAGAUGAUUGCGGAAAAGUACGAUUGGUGAAAUUGAAAAUUAUUAUUUUUCUUCGAUGCAAGUGUGAAAUUUGAAUAAUCGAGGGUGCUGAUUUCGAAAAUGACAUUCAUUUUCUUUGAUCUUUACUUUUUUCCUUAAGUAGUACUGUAAAGUAGUAAUUUUUUUAAUUUUUUUCAUGGAUACUCGAUUUUGGGGGUUUCGAUGUUGCUGAUUUCAAAUCAGAAAAAAAAAAUAAAUAAGAUUUUCGAAAUCAGCACCAUGGAAAACCCCUAAAUCGAGUUUUUGUGAAAAAAGUUUAAAAAAUUACUACUUUACAGUACUACUUAAACAAAAAAGUAAAGAUCAAAAACAAAAAAUGAAUGUCAUUUUCGAAAUCACAACCCUCGAUUAUCCUAAUUUCACACUUCCAUCGAAGAAAAAUAAUACUUUUUUGUUUCCCCAAUCGUAUUUUCCCCAUUCGUCCCAGUUCCGUUUCAUGGAUAAUACAGGGUGUUCCAAGAAUUAUGGAAAAGACUAUUCAUUAAUGACUUUGUGUUCGGUGGUUCAACAAGGAGUUUUUUUUCCCGUUUUACAGAAAAACCUUGAAGUUUUUAGAAUCCAAAAAUUUUUUUUCUUUUAUCGGCGGAGACUUCCGUAAACCGCCUCAAACUGGGCGGAGUGUUUUUUUUCACACAUGAGGCUGUAAAUAAUUUCUUAAAUGGGUUCUUUUUUUUCUCCGCCGGUUUCUCCGCCGAAUUGCCGUUUUUUGUCAUCUGCCAGUCGGCCUUCUGGAACACCCUGUAUAAAAAGUGAUGGAUGGAGCAGAUUUUUUUGGCUAUUAUUUGUAAAAUACGAGACCUGUAUAUAACGCUGUUUUUAAAAACACAUUUUUUUAGAUCACCGUCAGCCACAACGAGUCAAUUACACCCUCGGUCAGCCGGUUCAAAAUGCAAUGCCCGGAACCAUGGCCAACGCUCAGCAAAAUAUGACGGUAAAUUUGAAAUUUCUUGGACUAAAAUGAGCGAAAAUUUAAUUUCAGCUCCAUUCACCCCGAUCUCAGCCAGUUCAACAACGUCUUCCACAAUCCCCGCUAACUCAGGGACAUCAUGUAGGUGUUUUAGAGGUUUUUUUUGUGAUUUCGGGAUUCUAAUGGAACUUUUGAAGGGAAUUGUGAGGUGUGAUGGGUUGGAAAUUUGGUAAAAAUAAGUUUGAUAGGGUUUGGGAUAUGAGACACGGUUUAAUUCGAGAUUUUUUAUAUUGAUUUAGGUAUUUUAUACCUAAAAUUUCGAUUUUUUUGGGUUUUAGGAGGUUCUAUGGCAAAAAGAGUUUGUAAAAUACGAUGCAUAUAGGUGUAGUUGUAUUUUUUACUGCUUGAAAUUAAAUUUCCCCCAUUUUUAGUCGCCUCGAAACGUCUCCGUCCAGCAGGUGAUGCACUCGCCCGUAAAUCAACAAACCCCGCCCCAACAACGCACCUACGCUGCCGUAACUCCCCGCCAAUACGAACAACAACAAUUCGUCCAGCCAAUCCACUAUUCGAACUCGUCUCCGUCUCAGCCAUCAACCCCCACAACCCCAACUCAAUACGAACAACAGAGCCCACAAGAAUCGUACAAUCAAGGCGGAUCGGUGACUGUGGUUAUGCCAGAUGACCAACGAAAUGCAUCAAGAGCCUAUGGACCUCAAUAUGAAAGAUACCCUCCACAACCGAUUGCUCAAAGAAGGCUGUCAGGCCCGAAAGUUCAACAAACUCAUGUAAGCUAGUGUAAUAUGCGAAUUUUUGGUUAUAAAAGAGUGAUUUGAAGUGGAAAGAGUAUGGAAAUAGUGGUUUUUGAUAGAUUAGAGAAUGUGAAGAGGGAAUACAAGGCUGGAUGGGUGGUUUUUUUCGGGUAUGGCAAGGGGGGAUCAAAAAAAUUUUUUUGGGAUUUUGAUAGUUUUUGUUUGAAAAAAGUAUUUUUUGGGGGUUUGGUGUGUUUUUAGAGACAUGUAGGUCAUAAAAAUGUUUUUUUUUUGGCUAGAGUAAGAGGUAAGAAAAUUUUUUUGGAUUUUUAAAAAUUUUGAUUUCAAAAAAAGAUGAUUUUUUUACUAAAUUCUGAUGUUUUCAGCCCUAUUAUAACCAAAAAACCGCCCGUCCCGGCUAUCAGCAGCCGUCCGGACAUCAAAUGGAAUACGUUCGAACCACCCCGGUCCAAUCCGGAGGCCCAAUCCGAGGCUCUCAAAUGUCCACAAACAUGGCCACUCCCCAAACCAAUUUCACUCAACAACCCCACUACGGCCAGCGAGCAAUGACCAAUAAUUACGAAGCCAGGACGAUCAGAAGAGCCCCGCAACCGACCAGCUCCAACAACUUGUCGGCUCAAUUGGCCCCGCUAAAUGUGGGCCAAAGUGGCGGAAGCACCCCCUCGGGCAAUGUGGAAACGAUCCAGAUUACGAAAGUGCCGUCUUCACAGUGUAAGUGGAAAAAAAAAAUUUUUUUUGAAUUUGCCUAAAAAAAUUUUUUUAAAAGUUUUUGUGUUGAAAACCCUGGGGAAGCGUAUUUUAAAAGACGAUUUUUGGCUCGCUGCGUCAGCCAAUACAAGGGCCGGACAUUCAAAAAAUUUUUUUUUGAGUUUUUCGGCCUAAAAUGUUGGUAUAGGUCACUAAAACCGAUUCUCAAAUUUUUUUUGCCCAGUGAUGCCCGGAAGGUAGAAAUUUGCAUACGGUUAUAACCGUCCUUCUGAGCUCUGCUGUUGCCGUCGCAAUAAAGAAAACUCGACGAAACCGACACCAUAUAGGUUUUGGUGGACGGCAAAUUCAAAAAUCGCAAUUUCAAGUUAGUAGGAUUACUGUAACAUACAGUUUUUGACCAUCGGUCGAUAAAAAUCGACCGUAUCUCCUUCAAAUCAAAAAUCCCACAAGAUUUUAUUGCAGAUUUGGAAUCAGCAUAAAAUUCUGGUCUAGAAACACGUAAUUUGCAUCCUUGAUUCCGUGGCAGAUAAAUCAUGGCGCAGUGGGUUUUGACGAAAACUAGUAAUCUGACGACCCUGGUUCGAUCCCCGCUGGAGACAAAUAUUGUAAAAAAUAUGGAAAUGACAUUUAAUGGAAUUGUGAGGGUUAUAUGAGCAACGCUAAGAUUUUUAGACAUCAAUGGAACAUGAAUUUAAGGUUAGAACAGGGUUUAUAUUAUUUUAGUCUCGGAAUCCGUGAAAAAUAAAACUGCUUCAAACGGGCUGAAAUUGAUAUCACCUAUUCUAGGCCUAAUUCUAAGAAACUUUUACGUUAACCUUUUUUUGUUAGAUUACUGUAUCGUGGAUUACGGUAACAUAAAACCCAAUUUUGUUUUUUCAUACCACAAGGCGCAGAGCCAUCGGAAUGUCACGAAGAUUGUAGGAAUGGUUAAGAACGAGUGGGUUUGCGAACUAACAGUUCGUUUAUGGCCGUAUGUUUUGAAAUACCUGAGUUAUCUAACACAAUAUCACCAAUGGAUGAUGAGAUUAAUUCAGACUGAAAAUGAGUUAGAAUUGCAUUUUAAAUAUGAGGCAUGCCCGCUUUCUGCCGUUUGAAUAAUGUAGCCAAAAAAAAAUUUAAUUUUAUGCGAAAAUUUUGAAGAAAUCGCCUUUAAGGAGGCCGAGCUUUUUGUUACCGUAAUCCACGUUACAGUAAUCUAAGAAAAAAAAGUUAACGUAAAAGUUUCUUAGAAUUAGGCCUAGAAUAGGUGAUAUCAAUUUCAGCCCGUUUGAAGCAGUUUUAUUUUUCACGGAUUCCGAGACUAAAAUAAUAUAAACCCUGUUCUAACCUUAAAUUCAUGUUCCAUUGAUGUCUAAAAAUACUUAGCGUUGCUCAUAUAACCCUCAUAAUUCCAUUAAAUAUCAUUUCCAUAUUUUUUACAAUAUUUGUCUCCAGCGGGGAUCGAACCAGGGUCGUCAGAUUACUAGUUUUCGUCAAAACCCACUGCGCCAUGAUUUAUCUGCCACGGAAUCAAGGAUGCAAAUUACAUGUUUCUAGACCAGAAUUUUACGCUGAUUCCAAAUCUGCAAUAAAAUCUUGUGGGAUUUUUGAUUUGAAGGAGAUACGGUCGAUUUUUAUCGACCGAUGGUCAAAAACUGUAUGUUACAGUAAUCCUACUAUCUUGAAAUUGCGAUUUUUGAAUUUGCCAUCCACCAAAACCUAUCUGGUGUCGGUUUCGUCGAGUUUUCUUUAUUGCGACGGCAACAGCAGAGCUCAGAAGGACGGUUAUAACCGUAUGCAAAUUUCUACCUUCCGGGCAUCACUGGGCAAAAAAAUUUUGGGAAUCUGUUUUAGUGACCUAUACCAACAUUUUAGGCCAAAAAACUCAAAAAAAAUUUUUUUGAAUGUCCCCGGCUGACGCAGCGAGCCAAAAAUCGUCUUUUAAGUUUUUAAAAAAUUUGGUUUUAGACGCGGGUCCAAGAAACAACAUUGCGCACCGUCAAAUUGCUCAUCAACCGGUCGCCGGAAGCUCGAUACGUGCAAGAUUCGACCCCAACAGAGGCCAACCCUCUCAACAUUACUAUCAACCACAACAGGGACAACCGGCAAGAUACCUUCCGUCUCGUAAGAAUCGAUUUUGAACCGAAUUUUGGGGGUUUUUGAGAUUUUGCACGGUGCGGAAAAAAUUGCAGAUGAUUUGCACAGUGCGGAAAGAAUUGGGAUCACUUGCACGGUGCGAAGUUGAAAAAGGGAGAUUGCACUGUGCAAAAGAAGGAUUUUAGUUUUUGCACUGUGCGCUAUCGGAAUUUUUAGAUCGGCAUUGUGCAAAGAAGUCUGGAAAGAAAAAUUUGGUUGCACUGUGCGGACGAAAAUUGAUUUUGGUCGCGCGAUGCGACAAAAAAUCAGAAAAUGUGAUUGCACUGUGCAAAAGCGACAAAAAAUGUUUGCGAAUUGCACUGUGCAGAACUCUCGCGCGAAGACUUGUCAAUGCACUGUGCAAAAUCGCGAAUAAUUUCUGGAUUGCACGGUGCGGGAAAAUAUUUUUUUACGCACUGUGCAAAAAGUAAGAAGUUCAGAAUGCACAGUGCAAAAGCGACAGAGAAGAUUUUUAGAGUGCACCGUGCAAUGUGAAUUGCACUGUGCAGAGCUGUCGCGCGAAGAUUUGUUAAUGCACCGUGCAAAAUCGCGAAUAAUUUCUGGAUUGCACAGUGCGACAAAUAUGUUUUUAGGCACUGUGCAGAAGAAAGCAAAAAUUUCCAAUUGCACAGUGCAAAAGCGACAAAGAUUUUGAGAUUGCACUGUGCAAAAAACAAGAAUUUUAUAAUCGCACAGUGCAAAAGCGACAAAGAUUUUGAGAUUGCACAGUGCAAGAGCGACAAAGAUUUUGAGGUUGCACUGUGCAAAAAAAAAACAAGAAGUCCCGAUCGCACAGUGCAAGAGCGACAAAGAUUUUGAGGUUGCACUGUGCAAAAAAAACAAGAAGUCCCGAUCGCACAGUGCGAAAGCGACAGAGAGGAUUUUGAGAUUGCACCGUGCAAAAAAAUUUCCGGGAUAUUUUCAUCCGCACCGUGCAGUAGGAAGAGCAAUUUUAGCGCACUGUGCGGUGGAAAUUGGAUUCCAAAUUGAAUAAUUUGAGUUGAUCUUUGGUUUCAGAGUUCUCCCAGCGAGUUAUCCGGGUCUCGUCCGCCGCUCAAGCCUACCCACCCAACUCCCAGCCCCCACCUCCAGAGCCGAACUGA